CCAGGCCCGGCGGACGCGCCGUGACUGCGACCGGAGCUGGACACCGGCGUGGGCCUCGCCGCCGCCCUCCGCUUCCUGCCCUUCUGCUCUGAGCGGUUACCCCCCGAGCGGAGGCGGCCGUACCGGGGCUUCCCAGCCGAUGGGCCGCCGCUGGACGCGCUGAGGGGCCGGGCGACGAGCGGCCGAGAAAAUGAUGCAUCCUGUUGCCAGCAGUAAUCCAGUAUUCUGUGGGCCUGGCAAACCUUCCUGCCUCAGUGAAGAUGCCAUGAGAACGGCUGAUCAGUUUGACAUAUAUGCCUCCCAGCAGAGCAAAUACAGCCACACAGUCAGCCACAAACCAAUGGUUUGUCAGAGGCAAGACCCAUUAAAUGAAACACAUUUGCAGACUACAAGUGGCAGAAGCAUAGAGAUAAAAGACGAACUAAAGAAAAAGAAAAAUCUCAAUCGAUCUGGUAAGCGUGGCCGGCCUUCAGGAACCACCAAAUCAGCAGGAUACCGGACCAGCACAGGCAGACCCCUGGGAACGACCAAAGCAGCUGGAUUUAAGACAAGUCCAGGCAGACCUUUGGGUACAACUAAGGCAGCAGGAUACAAAGUCAGCCCAGGGAGACCUCCAGGAAAAAAGCAGCAAGCCUUCAGGUGUUCCAGCGAUGCCUGACACAAUGAGCUGGACUUUAUGCUGCUCUUUACAGUAAGAGGGGUUGUAUUGUAUGUGGGGACUGUGUGCACUGGCAUCUUAAAAGACAGUGACCUCAACACAACAGCUUUGCACAAACCAUAGAGCAAUGUGGGAUGACUACAUAACCGGUUGUAACAUUCUGGCAGCUAAAUUGCUACACAAGAAUUUCUUCUUGCAGAAGCUUAGAAUAUAAAACUUGUAAUAAUUUUCUCAGAACAAUAUAACUUCUGGCACAUACAAAUGUUGCAUUUUUACUCAUGCAUUUGUCUGUUCACUUUCCUUCUGUGUCUGUCCUUGAGCUAUUUUUCAAGCUAAUGUGCAGUACUUGGCUGCUUAGCAGUGGUCUUUCAAGCUAGUUCCUUAGACAGGUGUUUAAUUCAAUGUUCUAUGGAGACUAAUUUACACCACUGUCAGGAAUUGGGUUGCACAUUGUGUUUUACAGUAAGUCCAUUUAACAUUGCUCUUCCAGCCUAUUUUCAUUCCUGAUUCUGUUAAACACACGCUCUAUCCUUUCCUAUGUUCAUUCCACUCCCCAAUCCUUCAGCACAUCUACUCUGGUGCUGUGCUGUGUGUCAGAAGUUAACACAGGUGUACUGUUGUAUGAUGGAUUUUGUAUACUUGUUAAUGAGAUGACGAAAUCAACUAAAGGAGGCGUGUUCAUAAUAGUGUUUAUUAUCAGAAGCUGUCCCAGGAAAAAGGAACGAAUGGCUACAGUUGGGAAUGGAUAACAUCGUUUAAAAAUCUGGAUUUACUGUUCAUGUGAGCAGUUACUGAAAUAUUAGACCCCUACACUGCUGCGCAUCUCCUGAUUCCACUUCCUUGUUUCCUUGUGAACAGUUUACUGGUGCCAUGCUGAAGAGAAAGACAUCUAAGUGAUUACAUGAAGUCUUAAAGUAUAAAAUAGUUCUACUUCUACAUAAUCUAAAGACUACAAUGUGCAUCUUUUGUAACACUGUGUCUUGUCAUGAUAAACACUGAAAUAGCAUGUUAAACAGUUGCCUAUACUUUACUAUAAUCAGUGGAGGAAAACUGGCCUUUUCCUCCCUCCAUUCUUCCUUGAAAGGUAAAUUGCUAAUUUUAUACUGUGUAAUUCUGUUUUUCACAAAAUAGGUUUCACUGUUAUAUAUUAAAACUGUCGGUCAGAAAUGAUCUUCUACUCAAGUAAGUUUGCUUUUUUUUUCUUUUAAAAAUACUUUGACAUGCCUUAUUUAUUACUAUUACUAUAACCAAUAAGGAGCUAAUAUGGAUAAAUUUCCACUUUUUGACAGAUAUAACCUUGAGUAAUCUUUAAUAUGGGAUGGUUUUGAUACUAUCUUUGGAGUUUUGAACUGGAUACUAAAAAAUUACUGGCACAGUGUAUUGGCAAAAACAGUAUCUGGUUUAAUUUUUAAUAUUGGGGGCAUUUUUUAAACCUGUGUUUCAAUUAGACUGAAAAUUCAUGAUUUUUAUUUACUUUUUAAGAGAAAUGUCUGUCAAAAUAAUAUGUACUCAUUCCAAGCUGAUGUUGGUGUGAAUUUGCAUGUGUAUUUCCAUGAGGCAGUAGUUUUUUUGAGUUAAGGGAGACAAAAAGAAAACCACAUAUGAAUCCAUUUAUUAGGUAAAGGGUGAUUCACCCAGCGUAAGAAUUAUCACAGUGUGUGAGUUAAAAAGUAA